AUGCCUUCUUCUCACAUCUUGGCUUACCCCUCUGUCUCGUCCUCGCUCAACAAUCUGCAAUACCAGACGAACAUCAGCAAUGUUCCAUUGCAUGCUGGGCCCCAUGGACGAGCUGCUGAAUCCGAAGAAAUGUUGAAACGCGGCUUGAGCCAGACUACUGCUGGGCCAGGACGUACAUCCGCGCUCUCUGGUAUGCCAUCUGGCAAACAACCCACAAAAGAAGAGAUGCUCAUGAUGCGCUCUCGAAAUCUCUAA